UUAUCAAUUUAAAAUUAUUUUGUAUUGUAUUACAUCAAUGAAGCACUUGUAUGUGCCUAUAAAUUUUUCUUUAAUUGCAGAAAAAGAAAUGGAUAGGAAUAUUGUUAUAUUAUUAUAUAUAAUUUUUGUUGGAUUCUUGUCCAUUGCAUUAUUUUUGUAUGGGUUUUUUCCUUUGAUGUACUAUGAUAACACUAUAGCAACACAAGAUAAUAUACCAGAAUUUAUUGAAAAUACAAGAGUAAAGAUAGAUACAUUGUAUCAACCAAUAGCUAAAAGAUUGAUCAUUAUGGUCAUUGAUGCUUUGAGGUGGGAUUUUAUAACGGGCUCAAUUGGAAAGAUUGCAAUGCCUGUAACAAGUAGCCUUAUAUCAAAUUCUUCAGCUUCUCUAUUACAAACUAAAGUACAACUACCAACUGUUACAAUGCCUAGAAUAAAGGCAAUCACCACCGGUAUGAUACCAAGUUUUAUUGAUGUAGUUCUAAAUUUUGGAAGUAAACCAGUUACUGGUGACAAUGUGCUCCUCCAAGCAAAAAGAACUGGUUACAAAUCAGUAUUCUAUGGAGAUGAUACUUGGAUCACAUUAUUUCCCUCUAUAUUUGAUCGUUAUGAUGGUACUACAUCAUUCUUUGUAACAGAUUUUACUGAGGUUGAUAAUAAUGUAACUAGACAUAUACACAAAGAAUUGUAUAACAAUAAUAACUGGUCCAUAAUGAUUCUUCAUUACUUAGGACUUGACCAUAUUGGUCAUGUUCACGGACCAUUUAGUCCACUGAUCAAAACCAAACUUAAAGAAAUGGAUAGUGUGAUAGCAGAAAUUCAGAUUAAAGUUCAAGAAUGGAAUCAAAAUAAUGAUUCUACUUUGUUUAUUGUCUGUGGGGACCAUGGGAUGAAAGAUUCUGGUGGUCAUGGUGGUUCAACAAUAUCAGAAACAACUGUACCAUUUAUUGCAAUUGGUGGAAAAAGUCAUAAAAAUCACAUUGAAGGUCCCAUAGAAAUAUCACAAAUAGAUAUUGCAUCUACAUUAUCUGUUAUCUUGGGAGUGCCAAUACCAUAUUCUAAUAUAGGAACUAUCUUCUUGGACUCUUUAUAUGAUUUACCUAUUUCAAAAAAGUUAUUUAUACUUUAUUAUAAUUCAAAUCAAAUAUUUAAUCAUUUCAAAAAGUUAGCUAAUUAUGAGUCUGAAUACGCAUAUCACAAAUAUUUGGAAGCAAUAAAGCUUCACAAUGCAUGGUUAAACAUCAAAGAUCAUCCAGAUGGUAUGACAGAUGAUAUUGUGCUUUGCUAUAAGACUGCAUUGAAGGGGAUGAAAGAAGUCCUUAUGUAUAGCAUAAUAAAAUAUGACUUCCAGAUAAUAACAAUAUCUAUAAUUUUUUUAUGCCAUAUUAUUUGCAUCUUAUUGGGGAAAAUGUCUUCCAAGUCAGCACCACUAAAAAAUGUUGCAUUUUUUAUUAUUCUAAAUGUGCUUUCAUGGCUAUUUGUCAGUUAUGUUUGGAAAGAUGAAAACACUGUGCUACUUGAUACAAAGAACUUACUUGCCACUGUGAUAACGUUAUGCAUAAUGAUUGUUUUGAUAAUAAAUUCUUACUUGCUUGCCAAUAUUAGAGGUUUUCACAUUUUUAGGUCUAAGAAAACUGACAAAGGAGUAGAAAGGUGGCUCCUUUCAUUUGGGAGCCUAAUACAUGCAAUUAGCCUUGCUGGUACUAGCUUUGUUGAGGAAGAACAUCAAACUUGGUAUUUCUAUUGGGUUACAGUCCUCGUAUCGCUACUUUAUAACUUUAUCACAAAAUUUUUACGAUCCCACUACCAACAAAAUUUACAUGCACAAAUUAGUAUUAAGCUUUUAUUACUACUGAUAGGACACAGAACUCUCAGAAAAUUAAAUAGUACCGGUGAUAAGUAUGCUCAUCUUCCUGACAUAGCAGGAUUUUUAAUAAAACAAGAAAGCAAGAUGGGCAUGACGAUUGUGCUUAUCAUUGGUCUCGUACUUUUGAUGUGGAUCGAUCUUAUUCACGGGAGUAGGAAGCGUAAAGAUCUAUCGUUCUUGUUGAAUUCAAUAGCUUGUAUGUGCAUUUAUCUUCGCCAUAUGCAUAAUAAUAUGGUUAUCAAAAUACCAUUUUACCCUCAAACUAGAGGAAUAUUCGAAGUACAAAUUUACUGGUUUUUACUCAUAAUGAAUUUUGUAAAUUACAUUUACGAUCUUAUCCAUAUAAGAAAAUGCAAUGCUAGCUCCUUUCUGAGAAUUUCAUUGUAUUUUAUUCUACAAAUGUGGAUUAUGAUCGCAGCAAUGCUUCAUCAACCACACAGUGUUAUACUCUUGCCAUUUCAAAUAAUCGUUAGUAGCGUGAUUUAUGAGAUUAAUAAGAACGGUACUACGCAAGAUAUUCAAGUAUUAUAUGUUUUGGCCGGCAAUGUGUUUUACUUUUAUCAGGGAAAUUCUAAUAGUUUAGCGACUAUCGAUGUAGCUGCAGGUUACAUUGGUGUACAGUCAUACAUGCCAUUUGUUAAUGGUUCGUUAUUAUUAAUUAAUACUUAUGCAGCACCGGUUUUGGCCUAUUUUUUACUUAUUUAUCAUGCGAUCUUACAACAUCCAUAUAAUACUCCUGAAAUUAUUACGCGAUUUAGCAAAACAUGUAUUACAUGGAGAUUGUUGCCAAUAGCUAUUUACACAAUUAUAAUCAGUAUUCAGCGUCAUCAUUUGUUCGUUUGGUCAGUAUUUUCGCCGAAAUUAUUAUAUGAAGCUGUACACUCUGUUGUUAUUUGUUUGGCCGUGUUCAUUAUGCUGAUCUUAGCUACAGUUCAAGAAAUAAUAAAUAAUUAUGAAAGAUGACUUUA